AGGAGAUCUGGAUCUAUUUCUCCCCGUCUUCACUCCAACCACAUCAAGAUGGAAGCCAAUAAGCCCUGGUUCCUCUACCCAAUCUUUCUUUCAUUCCUCUCAGUUCCGCUGUGCUCCCAUGCAUCCCCAUGGCAGGCCAGGGGCACAGGCACAUCCCUGCGAGUAGAUCACGGGGAGAUCUUCCUCGUCUCUCCAGACACGACCUUCUCCUGCGGCUUCUACUCAUCUGGGGAAGGCACCAACGCCUACUACUUCUCCAUCUGGUUCACCCACGCCACCGACAGGACUGUUGUCUGGACAGCGAACCGUGGCUCUCCGGUAAACGGUCAUGGCUCAAAGAUCUCCUUCAACAGUGAAGGGAACCUGCUCAUUACCGAUGUCAACGGCUCCACGGUGUGGGAGAGCAAGACAAAAUGGGGAAAGCGCACCACAGUGGCUCUCCUCAACAACGGCAACCUUGUCAUCAGGGCCUCCACUGAUCAGGUAGUAUGGCAGAGCUUCGAUUCGCCCACUGACACCUUGCUUCCUUCACAGAAUCUGACCAGAGAAUCGAAGUUGGUCUCUCCAUCUGGUUAUCAUAUCCUCUAUUUUGACAAUGACAACAUACUGCGGCUCCUGUACAAUGGACCAGAGAUCACGAGCAUAUACUGGCCAAGUCCGGACUACAAUGCACAGCAAAAUGGCAGGACUAGAUUCAACAGCAGCAAGAUUGCAGUUCUGGACAACGAUGGCGUAUUCCAGUCAAGCGACCAGUUCAAGAUGACAGCUUCAGAUUCAGGAACCGGAAUCAAGAGAAGGAUCACCUUGGACUAUGAUGGCAAUCUCAGAAUGUACAGCUUGAAUGCAGCAAAUGGCAACUGGACUGUCACAGGGGAGGCUGUACUGCAGAUGUGCUAUGUGCAUGGGUUAUGUGGAAAAAAUGGAAUAUGUGAGUACUCACAGGGUUUCAGAUGCAACUGUCCUCCAGGAUAUGAGAUGUCUGAUCCGAAGAACUGGAACAAUGGAUGCAACGCAACCUUCAGCGUCAACUGUGGACAACCACGAGAAGAUUUUACGUUCAUCAAGAUUCCCCACGGUGACUUUUAUGGUUUUGAUCUGACUUCAAACAAGUCGAUCUCAUUUGAAGAAUGCAUGCAGAUAUGCUUGGACAGCUGGUUGUGCUUAUCUUUCACAUAUAAAGCUGGAGAGGGUCUAUGUUACACUAAAGAUCGACUCUACAAUGGCCAGGUUUAUCCGUAUUUUCCCGGAGACAACUACAUCAAACUUCCUAAGAAAGUCACUUCAACAUCUUCAGCCUCCAGACAUUCCAGUCUUACCUGCAGCCCAAAGAAUGCCAAGGUUAUGCUAGUAUCCAAAGAUGCAUACAUGAAAAAUUCUGAUAACAUAAAUUGGUUAUACUUCUACAUCUUUGCUGCUAUAUUAGGGGCAGUUGAGCUGCUUUUCAUCAUGACAGGAUGGUACUUUCUUUUCAAAAUGCACAACAUACCCAAGUCAAUGGAGGAAGGUUACAAAAUGAUAACAAGCCAAUUCAGGAGAUUCACAUACCGUGAGUUGGUGGAAGCAACAGGCAAAUUUAAAGAAGAGCUAGGAAAAGGUGGCAUUGGUACAGUUUACAGAGGAAUACUUGGAGACAAGAAAGUAGUGGCAAUAAAGAAGCUACACGUUAGACAAGGGGAAGAGGAAUUCUGGGCAGAAGUGACUUUGAUUCGGAGGAUCAAUCAUAUUAAUUUAGUCAGGAUGUGGGGAUUUUGCUCAGAGGGCAAACACAGGUUAUUAGUGUAUGAGUAUGUGGAGAACGAGUCAUUGGACAAGUACCUGUUUAGUGGCAGGCGCACUGAAACAUUGCUAUCAUGGAGCCAAAGAUUCAAGAUUGCCUUGGGAGCAGCCAGAGGCCUUGCUUAUCUUCAUCAUGAAUGCCUCGAGUGGGUUGUUCACUGUGAUGUGAAGCCAGAAAACAUACUCCUAACACGAGACUUCGACGCCAAGAUAGCAGACUUUGGACUGGCCAAGCUUGCGAAGCGAGAUAGCACUAGCUUCAAUUUUACCCAUAUGAGAGGCACAAUGGGGUACAUGGCACCAGAAUGGGCACUCAAUUUGCCAAUCAAUGCAAAGGUUGAUGUUUACAGCUAUGGGGUCGUACUUCUGGAGAUUGUGACUGGGAAGAGGGUUUCCAGUGGGAUAAUAAUAGAUGAUGAAGAGAUGGACUUCAUGCAGUUUUUUCAGGAACUCAAACAGAUGCUCGCUAGGGGGGGUGACCUGGAUAUAGUUGAUGCUAGACUCAAGGGGCAUUUCAACCAUGAGCAAGCAACAGUGAUGGUGAAAAUAGCUGUUUCGUGUCUUGAAGAAAGAGGCAAGAGGCCAACAAUGGAUCAAAUUGUAAAAGACCUCAUGGUGUACGAUGAUGAAGAUAAUCACCCUGCAUAUGUUUUAUGACCUGUAACCAAAUGAAACAGAAGCAAGAAUACUAGAAUCUCUUUUGAAUGUAA